GACAUCAACCCCUAUGUUAAGAACCAGUGCUUUAACUACAAGUAAUUUGUAAUAUUAAGUUUUAUCUUUUCUAGUUUUUAUAUAAAGAAAGAUGCGGUCACUGUUAUGGCUAAUAAUAUUUUAUUUUAUAGCCAAGAAUUUAAUUUUAAUUUUAAUGGGAAGCGGGAAACAAACUAGCUCGAUUUGCAUAGCUAGGAGUCGUUGCCCUGCGUGACCGCGCAUGCAGGCGCGCUCCCGUAGCUGAGAGGUUGCUCUGUCAGCUACCACACAUAAAGGAGCGGCUGUCGAUACACAGACGACCCAGAAGAAACCAAAACUCUGAUUGAACUUUAGGUUGGCGUCACCAUCCCUGAAAAUGAGUGGCAUCAAAGACCAUCCGGUUAUACUGGGAGUCUCAAAGGUGGUUCUCUUUGUCAUGCCCAUUGCCUAUAUUGCAGUCGGGGCAGUAUACUUCAACGAGUGUCCAGUCCAGGAGAAGAUCCCCAUCUACCUGAUCGUGUCGGGGGUCUUCUCCAUAGUUCUCAACCUCCUAUCUUGCCUCCCCUGCAUUGACAGCAGGAAAGAUGCACCGCAAACACCGGGGGGCCAGGUUCUCACCCUCUGGAACUCGCUGGUGUCCUUGUUCCUCUUCUGCUGGUUCAUUUCAGGCAACAUUUGGAUCUACUCGAUUUAUAAGCCCGAGUACAACAAGAACGCUACCGAUGUGUCGCGCUACUGUAACAAGACGCUCUACCUGUUCGCCUUCUGGAACGCCACGCUGGUCUACAUCCUGAUUAUUCUGUUCAUUCUCACCGGCUGCUGCGUCCUCUGCGGCUUCUUCCUGUUGGGCCGGGCCGACAACGACGACGACGCCAACCAGCAGGCGUGAGAGAGACCGCAGAGAAAACUGGAGCUGGGAUGCUCGUUGGCUUUUGUUGCGCCAGCUGUGCAAAACAGCUUAUUAUAAUAAUAUAAGUUUGAAAAAAGAAGAAUAAAUAUUCAGUUUAGUGACUUUUAUUUUUUUAUGGCUGUUGAAUCUCUACGCUUUGCUGUCGGACGACUUUUUACACAGGCUGUAUUCGCCUUUUGUUCUUUCUGCUGUAUUUUGUCUACCACUGUGAAUCAAUGAAUGAAAGUUUUCUGUUUGUUUGGACUGCGGUGCUAAAAGACAAGUUUGGUGGGGUGUUUACAUCUUAAGCUUUUUGGAAGGAUCAAGAGGAAAUCAUAAAAGAUCUCUUUUAAUUUA